CGUCAAGCAUACAUUUACACCCGCGCUUAUCUCGCCAUGACAGCCAAGACGGCCGCGCAAAGCCACAAGAGGACAAAGAAAUACAUGGAACACGGUCAGGUGAGUCACAGGUGCCCCGAUGGCGGCCUGGCAUCACGCUCACCCCCGUUGAUGAGUCGAGCUGUGACAAAAAAACUUUUGUUGCCUCCAGGACACCUUGAGUCUGGCAGUAGCCAUAGCGAACUCUCAGGAGGAAAAGACACAGCGCAAGACACAGAGACAGAAUCAGCCACAGCCCGGACAGCCUAGACCAGAACCACAGUCCAAGAAGCGUGGUACCGCGCGACGGAAAGACAAGCUUGUGAGU